AUGACUCGGCGAUGCUCUCACUGCAAUCACAAUGGUCACAACUCACGGACAUGUCCAAAUCCUGGGGUGAUGCUUUUUGGUGUAAGGCUCACCGAAGGUUCGAUCAGGAAAAGUGCUAGUUUGGGUAAUCUUCUUAGCCAUGGGCAUUUGUCGGGUAAUGUCGCUGGAACUACGUGGACAGAGGAAGAACAUAGGAGGUUCUUGUUAGGUUUACAGAAGCUAGGUAAGGGUGAUUGGAGAGGCAUUUCAAGAAAAUAUGUGAGGACAAGGACACCAACACAGGUUGCUAGCCAUGCUCAGAAGUAUUUCAUGAAACAAUCCAAUGUGUCUACUCUCCAUGAUAUGGUUCAUGAUCAUGAGGGAGGAGAUAUUCCGAUGGUGGAAACAAAAAUGGAAAGUGGUGAUUAUGUUCAUCAGACACUUGCUCGUAGUACUUCCAUCCAUGCACCAUCCAUCUACAAAAUCGAAGUAUCUGAAUACACAAACUCUACCAUUAGGGAAUCAACACCAACCACACAACCUCAACAGCAACUACGUGGCUCGUUCCAGACACUGUAUCAAGUGUACCUCUCACCACAUUACCCGUUUCCAUUGUCAGUAUGGACUGCUGGUUAUGUUCGUGAACCGAGGAAGAAAGAGGGAAAUCAUGUGAUUCUCAUACCAACUGCAGUGCACUCGAAAGCUCCCAUCAAUGUAGACGAUCUUUUUGGUAUGACGACUAAGCUCAGCCUUGGAGAGUCAAAAGAAAUGGAGAAUCCGAUCUGUCUCUUUCGAUGA